CAUACUUCCAUUCGUUUUAAACGGCCGCGCCGUUUUCAGUUGAAGUCGUUCUGUACCAGUAAGGUCUGGUGUCGAGAAAUGACGGAAGCAGAGAAAUCGAACGAUCUGAAGGAGGUGUUGAAGCCCUUCUAUCAGAGGGCAUCUGAAGCUGAGGAUCGACUAGCAAGACUUGAAAAUGCACUUGGUGACAAGAGAGGUAAAAGCUUGUUUGGCUUCAUCAUUGAUCCAGAUUCUGGAAAUGAAGAAUUAUCAAAAAUUGUAAGUGAACUCCAGUCAAAGCUAGAUGAAGUAAAAGCAGAACAACUAGCUGAGCGAGAGAAGGCUGCAAAGGAGAUGCAGAAGCUGACUGCUGAAAAUGCAAAGCUCCAAUAUCGAAUAACCCAUCUAGUCCGAUCAUUGAGGGAGGCAGAUUGCAAGUUGGAAAGUUAAAUCUACUAACUGUAGUUAAUGGCACUUGAGAAUUUGUUUCCUGCUUUUCAUCAUGACAGGAAUCACAGUAUUUCUUUAAUCCUAAGACAUCAUUGUUUAAGUCUAGUUCAGUUUUUCCAUGGUUGAAUCUGUACUUGCCACAAACUGUGAUUUUUGGGGGGGCAGGGGGAGGACUGAUUUCCUGGAAUCUACACAUCAAAAAGAUCCUUAGAGAAAAAUGAGUUGGACAGGAGCUAAACAGAGUUGGAUGUAUGAAUAUUUGUUACUCUUUACCUUUACCCUCAUUAUGGGAAUUUCAGUGGCUUGGA